UCGCGACGCCCCGCCAACGAUAAGCCCAUCGUCAGAGGCUGAUGGAAAAGACUGUCUCUCGUCGCCUCGAGGAAGAAUGUCGCAUCUACGAAGGCAGAGCAUGUCGUUGACUGCCGUUAUGAACCAUCGACGAGGUCUUCUCGGAGCGCUGAUUUCAGGUAUCGGCAGCAACAUGUCGUUGCCUUCCUGCCUUCCUCAGGAGCAGGAGUUGACAGCAGCACAAAAUGGCGCAGCGAGGACCGUGCUGAACAAUCAUCAAGAGAAAAACGAUCUCGAGGUCCACAGACACCGACCGAAUCUCCUGCAAUUGACCCCUGUCAACGCCGUUUGCGUUCCUAUGCACUUAGACCCAGCCAAAACUAAACAACAGAUGAUCGAUCAACAAAUGAAGCCCAUGGAGAGGAGAAAAUGUCAUCGGGAAAUGGUGUCGAUCAUGAGCACCCUCUACGCGAAAUUGCUGAUCGUAAUUGGAAUCGCUGUGCCCGUCACGGCCAGCGUUACCGAAAGGGUUCCGGCUUCUUUGAACCAGGGAUUUUACUUGUACCUCUAUUUGACCAGUGUCGCUUACGUGAUCGCGAUGUACGUUAUCGUGCUGAGGGAUAAGACCUUGAAGAAUCUCAUGCAGAAAAACGAGAAGGAACAGCAGACUUUCACGUUCGACGAGAAGGGUGAUCCCGUGAAUACGAAUCAGAUGCAACAAUACGGGAGCUUUUGUCUGAGACUCGGCGCGGUGGGAUUUGGCGCCGGCUCGCUGGUAUUUACAGGAUUGCAAAUUGGGGCGGAAAUAGCUUCCGGCCCGUUCAGGGCGAUUACACCGGGUGCCAGGUUGCUGUUGGUCACGGCCCAGAUGCACUUCAUAUUUCUCAACAGUAAAAGUCUCUGUCUGGCCAAGCACGAUGCUCUCGCGAAAUUAGGCCUGAUGCACAUGAUCGCGACCAACCUCUGCGAAUGGCUACAGGCUCUCGUCGAGGAGACGCAGCACGAGAUCGACCAACUUGGCAACACGCACGACGACGAGGACGGAAUACUGACGUCCCUUCUGAGGGACGCCAGCCCGUUUCUUUUCCCGUGCACAAUCGAAUUCAGUUUAAUUUGUGCGGUGAUACUGUUCGAGAUGUGGAAGAGGGUGGACGAGACGAUCGAUUCAAAGAGCGAGAAUCCGACCAGGUCUUCGUAUCAUCUUAGCAUCGAUUGCAGUAGCUCUCACAGAGGUCUCUUCGGCGGGAUACUGGUCGUCGCCGCAACCAUACUUAGCCUGAUCAUGUUCUUCGUGUUAAGAGAAGCCAAAAACGAAAUAGCGAUCGUUCAGGUGACCGCGUUGGAUGCGACGAUACUCAUGUUAGGAAUGGUCGCUUCCGUAGCUGGAACUCUGAAGCUGCAAGCAUUGCAGCAGAAGAUCCUCAAACAGUCGGAUCUGGAUACAACUUUGUUAGCUGCAGCUCAAGCCGGAGUCUACCUGCAUUGUCUAUUUGGAGUUGUAGGUGAUGUUCUAACUAUGGGUCCAACUUGGGUACUAUCUCUGAUCACGGAUUUAUUAGCCCUGAUACAGAGCACCAGCCAGACCUUGCUGAUCAAAAUCGCCUGGGGAAGACGUUGCUCGAGGAACGACAAACCGGGAAAGGAAUUGAUCACGUUCUUGAUAGUUGUCAACAUCGCCCUGUGGACGGUGAACACUUUGGAGAAGUCUCGUGCGGGCGUGCGUCCGGAUCACCUGAGAUUCUUCGGUGUCUGGGCUUGGACGAUCAUCACCCACGUAUCCAUGCCGCUGGCCAUAUUCUAUCGAUUUCACUCGGCCAUCUGUUUAUUCGAAAUAUGGAAAACAUGUUACAAAUGUCGGUCGAACAGCACUGUUCAAACUCCCUACUGA